CGCAGUCAGCGAUUGCAUUGAAUGGGAGUUAGUGGUGCUGUUGGUACUGCCGCCGCCGCUGCUGACAUUACUCAGAUUGCAGCCACGUAAGUAAUAGACAGGCAGCGGAAAGGAAGAGGAAAAAGAAAUCAUGUCUUAUGUCGGCUGUUGCUGAAAGGGAUCGGCCCCGUUCUAUCGGGCAUCCCUUUAUCUAGUGCAAAAGAAAUUUGCAGAUAUUUUUCUUUCCGGGACAUUUUGAUUUGCAAAACAAAAAAAAAUUCCAAAAACAAAGCAACGUUCUGCAUCCCAAGGUCGUCAUCUCCGCAACUGUGCAGUUGCAAAGGCAUCUGGAGUUUAUCAGUUUCAUCGCUGUGCUUGGGGGCAUUAAGACUGUUCGGUGGGAACACGAUACCAUUGAUCUCUUUUGUCCUUGACUGUUAUAUUUUUAAAAUUAUAUACGCACAUCUCAUCGGUGCUUGCCAGUAUUGGAAAGCACUCGCCAGCCAAAGACUUUUUUUCUCUCUCUUUCUCUCUCAUGAGUGCGUACGUGCAAAAUAAAUCUCCUUGAAAGUUGUACUUGGACGUUGCAAAGCAGAUGACGAGAGGGUGAAUGCCGUACUCUUGUUUGAUGAUAGUUUGAGGCUAUUUUGUUUCAGCUGCAAAGAGAGAAAGACAGCUACAGAGGGAAUCGGACGCCAUCUAGAGUCGGAGGCUGAGGAACUGAGUGGGUUCCCCUGAGUCGAUCGUCACCUGGUUGGCUUGUGUAUGUAAACGCCUCGGCCACUCUCUCUCUCAGUCAUUCACUCGUUGCGGCGCAUACCCUUCUGUAACCACAGGAACAAAACGCAUUGUGAACUGGCGCUCCAUUUCCCACUUCGACAAAAAUCAGGGCUCUGAUUGCAUUGGGCUGCUCGCUCUCUAUAACAGCUGCAUUUGUAUGACCCACCCGAAUCAUCUAUGCAAAAGACAAAAGCUGUAGCAAUAAACACACAGUCUGCAUUAUUCCUACAAAUGGUGCUCGUUUUAAAAUAAAGAACUCAUUUUACUGCUGCUGGAGGAACACGCAAAAAAAAGAAGAGCUGGACCUACAAGUCUCGACCAAAGUGCAAAAGAGACGCUUCUACAGUUUGUGGAGUUCAUUUUUAAAUCCUUUUUAAACUACUGUCAACAAACGUGGACGCUUGUCAGUAAAACCCUUUUGUUUAACAGGACCACUAUUUACAGCCACAUGAACAUACAGCGAUCCAGUCCAAUCAGCAUUGUAAGGUAUGGACGGUCGAGACAUAAGAGUCAUCACGAAUAUGAAGAAUUGUCUUGUGUGAGGACUAGUGACUGCAGCCAAAGUUUCAGCCCGAACCUCGGCUCACCCAGCCCACCUGAAACUCCGAACUCUUCUCAUUGCAUUUCUCAAAUCGGACAGUAUCUAUUGUUGGAGCCUUUGGAGGGUGACCACGUGCUUGGGGCAGUGCAUUUGCAUAGCGGCGAGGAACUCGUUUGUAAGGUAUUCGACGUUAGCCGAUAUCAAGAAACAUUAGCAGCUUAUUUUUAUCUGUCUGCCCACGAAAGCAUCAACCAGAUAACAGAGAUUUUGCUGGGGGAGCAGCGAUCGUAUGUUUUCUUUGAGAAGAGUCAUGGGGAUAUGCAUUCAUUUGUACGCACUUGCAAAAGGCUCAGGGAGGACGAAGCAGCCAGACUGUUCCGCCAGAUAACCUCUGCUGUAGCGCACUGCCAUGACAAUGGUGUGGUCCUGCGAGAUCUCAAACUAAGGAAAUUCGUAUUUAAAGACGAGGAACGGACGCAAGUGAAGUUGGAAAGUUUGGAGGAUGCUUAUAUCUUGAAUGGCGAAGUUGAUGCACUCUCUGACAAGCAUGGAUGUCCAGCGUAUGUGAGCCCCGAGAUCCUUAACACCAAUGGCAGCUACUCUGGUAAGGCAGCUGAUGUUUGGAGUCUUGGUGUAAUGCUAUACACGAUGCUGGUUGGACGGUAUCCGUUUCAUGAUGUGGAACCAAGUUCACUCUUCAGCAAGAUUCGACGUGGCCAGUUUAACAUUCCAGAAACUCUUUCCCCACGGGCUAAAUGCCUUAUCCGUAGCAUUUUGCGUCGUGAGCCUUUGGAGAGGCUGACAUCCCGGGAAAUCUUGGACCAUCCCUGGUUUGCCUCUGAUUUUGCAGCUUCUAGUUCCGGAUAUGGUGCUAACGAAAAAGAAGCAGCUGAUCAGUUGGUACCUGAUGUGAAUAUGGAUGUUGACUUGGACCCCUUUUUCAACUGAGUUUGCUCACAGUUUGAGUGUUGUUGAGAAGAUACUAACAGCUGGUACCCACCACGUAGAAUCCUUCCAGAACUGAUAAAUGGUACCUCGAAUCGACCUAGCUUGGAAGCAAAAAUGGUGCAGAUGUACAGUGACUUAAAAUGACUGAGAAGAGUGAGAUAUUUCAGGGUUGACAUGUAGCACAACAAAUUGGGUGGUUCUGCUAUCAAGUUAGAUUGAUUUGGGAGGAAAAGGCAGUGUAAAAUGUUGCAGCUUCUCAUCUCAUGGAGCCACAGAGAGGGCUGAAUACUGCACACAUGCAUAAUUGUGCAGUUCAUCACUCAUUUUAUGAUGGUUACAAAUCACAAAUAGAAACUUUAAUUAGCCUCGACACAAUGUAACACAUUGGCAUCGCACUGUUAAUUAUUUUCCUUCUCUCAUUAUUCAGGGAACGUACAAUCCUCCUAUAAGAGUCUCCUAAAUUUGUUUCUGAUGUUUAAACAUUUUAUUCAAUGUGUUUCAUUAAAAAAGAAUUAGGUGCACACACACCGACAUAAAAUGCGGGUGCUAAAGGAAAUGCUUGUGUUUAUAUGUAGCUACUUUCAUUAUCUUGUGUAUUUUUUUUCUUUCUGAAUAAACUUAAUAUUGUCAGAAGCAGAGCAUUUUUAGUGCUCUGUUCCCUAAGAGGGAAUAACUCAUCUGUUGUGUGUACAGUACUUCAGUGCUGAUUGGCAGGAGCUAUUGAAAUGAAAUGUCAUGUAAUUUCGCUGGAAGGGAAGUCCUUAUUGGCAAACAUUCAGGGUUUGAAAUAUAUCUACUGGAACCAUUGUAUUAAUGCAGAGAAAAUGUGUAUUACCCAAUAUUACCAAUAGUACAAUCUUUACAGAUUUGGUAGUUUGUUUAUUUUGGACUUCAGUAUUCUAAAACAGUGUUAAGAUGUAUUUUGUAUUUUACCUUUUUUUUCCACUGGUCAUCGGUCCUAUCUCUGUUGCAGCUUGGUGGUGUAAAUGGAUGGCAGUUAAGUUGAACGAUCAUAUCCCAGAUUUUUUUUUUAACCUAAUCUUCUUGAAACCAAUUAAAUUAUUCCUUUUUUUUCUUUGAAAAGUGCCCGCAUUCUUGCUGAAAUGGUUUGAAAUAUAUUGUCAGUGUUAUAAGUAUGAAGUAGUAGCUCCUUGUUCUUGAAAGAAAGACUUUGUGAAUACAUCUAGCUACUUUCAGCUCUGUGAUCUGUUGCAUUGUUUGCAAUAUUUGUGAGAUUUGUGAGAUUGUAUAUUUAAUUAGACUAGAUUACAUUACACCAUUACAGUGUGGAAACAGGCCCUUCGGCCCAACAAGUCCACACCGACCCACCACCCACCCAUACCCCUACAUUUACCCUUUACCUAACACUACGGGCAAUUUUAGCAUGGCCAACUCACCUGACCCGCACAUCUUUGGACUGUGGGAGGAAACCGGAGCACCCGGAGGAAACCCACGCAGACACGGGGAGAACAUGCAAACUCCACACAGUCAGUCGCCUGAGUCAGGAAUUGAACCCGGGUCUCAGGUGCUGUGAGACAGCAGUGCUAACCACUGUGCCACUGUGCCGCCCUCAGACUACUUGCCUACCUUGCCCUGUUACAAACAAACACAGGACUUCUUAUAUGUGUAAGAAUUAAAAGGAAUAGUUGUGCAAAUAAUAAGCACUCUCAAAUCCGUCAUAUUGCAAUAUAAAUAAGCUUUGAGUUAGCACACAAGUGAAUGACAAAAUGGUUAGUUCUGUUUUAUGGCUUAGUGCUAUACAGGUUAAUUCUGAAAUGAAGUCCUGGAAUAUUCAGUCUGUUCCUGACAAUGCAGUUUUCUAAAAAAUAAAGUAUACUUUUGCAUUAAAAGUAAAUGGCCUGGAAAAAUAACAGGAACAAAUGGCAAUUGUUCCUAAUUUUUAUUUCCUUCAUACUUUUGAAGGUUCUGCUUCCACCAGGCACCCUAGCCAGUGUCUGAAAAUAUUUAUGGUGCCUGGACUGACUGACCACGAAUAUCUGCCAUUGUUUUGAAUCUACUUGUUUUGUAGGCUCCCUUUUGUAAUGAACCUGGUGCAGUUUGACUGCAUGCAUGAAGCAUUAGUUGUUCAUUUGCACAACUUCCUUUUGAAUUAGUUGUGGAGGCAUUAGGCAUUCAGAUUAAACUUGGUUGUAUGGUUCAGCAAAAUAAUUUGAUUAAUUGUUUAGUAAUUGACUGGUUUUAUUGCCCUUGAUUAAAUAAAGUAUAAAUAUGACUUUUUAAUGACAAAUUCUAUUCCAUGCAAGCACAUUUUAUGGAUUCUAUUUGUAAAAUGAUUGAGCACAGACAAAUCUGUGUGCAGUAUGUAUCUCAAACCCUGAAUAAGUUGUACUUUUUAAUUUUAACUUAUCAAAUUACUUUUUCUGCUUUCAAAUUGCUAUAUAUUAGAAAUUUCUUACCUUGCAUACCUUUUUUUUUCCCUGUGUUGUCUCCAGUACCUUGAUUGUUUGAUUACUGCCUGUACCAGUUCUGUGAAAUGGUCAUGUUCUUGGGUAGGUAUAUGUGGACUCUGUAGUACGUAUCUGUUAACUUGAAUUUGUGCUUUUAUAGUCUGUUGCAUGUACGUACAGCUACUUGACCUAUUUGGCUUAUGGAUGCUAUUGCCUGCGUUUCAGGAGAGCUUGUAUAUGCCAAUUCAGAACACAAAGAGGAUGGUUAGUUAAAGUUCUCAUGGGGUGGGUGGGGUAGGGAUGUGGGGAAAGCUGCAGCUGAUUUGCCAAGUUUUAAUUUAAAAUUUCUCAAAAAAAUCACGAUUAAAAAAGGGAGUGAAUUCCUAUUCACUCUGUGGAUGGUGCUGUGUUGAGAGGGACUACUCGUCUUUUUGUUUCAGUGUAAAGUGGAAGGGGAACAGAGGAGACUGCAUGGUGGGUUUUACUGCCUCUGGUGUUUGUAUUGUAUUUGGUUUGAUGUUUUGUCCUGAUCUUCUCCUUCAGUAAAUAAAUUGUGAAUUGCACAACUAA